AUGUUGAGCUUGGUUCUGGCUACUGCCUGCUGUGCCCGUUGCGUUUGGCCUAGCAGGCGGGCGCCCGCGCAGCCAUACAAAGACGUCGACGGAGAAGCUACCAGCGAGUCCGAGGCCAAAGCAGCCAGACUCAAUCCGCUGGCUUACAAUACUCUCGUGCUUGUUUCACCUCUUGGAGCGGCCCUGUCCUUAUUGAAAUUCAGAUUUGGAGCUGCUCAGCUUCAGCCACUGCAAUGGGAACUGGUGCAAUGGACUGGUCCGGUCUUAUGGUUAUUGCUGGCGUUCCAAUCCAUUCACAUAUACCAGCAAAAGAAUAUUCCACAAAGAUAUGAUUCGUCGACUUACACGGCCCUGUCCUCGGCGGGCCUGAUCAGUUUCUUGUGGUACGAGUGGGCGAGUUCAAGCUGUGAGCUUCCUUGGCCGCAGCUCACGGCCGCGGUGGCCGUGUUUCUUGGUAUUCUCUCAGUUCCUCAGCGCCCGGUUGUUUUUCGAGGAGUAGCUCCGGUGUUGAACGAGAGCGGUGUGUCAAUACUUGACUGGAUCUUCUUCUCGUGGAGCCUGCAUCGUGAGAGUUCAGCGCUGCCCACACCGUUGAAUCUAGAGGAUCUGCCAAGAGUACCUUUUAGCCAGUCCUCAUCCACUCUGAGAAAGCAAUUCGACUCGUGUGACCGGACCAAAGCGCUAUGGAGGCAGCUUGCCACAAUUUUCCGAAAGCCUUUAGCCUUACAGUGGUCACUGGUGCUAUUGGAGGCAGGAUCAGAAUUUGGUAGCCGCUUCGUUAUGCAUAGUCUGUUGCAACGCCUGGAGGCAGGCCCAAAUAUUGACGCCUGGACCUGGGUCUGGGUCGCACUGCUUCCAGCUAGUCUUCUUGGCGUCUCUGCUUGCGGUAAUUGGUCCGGCUGGAUCGGGCACACUCGCAUUCAACUGCCGAUGCUCGGCCUCCUUCAGUCGUUGGCAUUCGAGAAGUCAAUGCGCUUGCGGUCGGGAAGCGAUAGUAAAUCCGCGGAGGAAAAGCAUAGGACGAAUACUCCAAGCGUGAUGGAUGCAAUUCAAAGCCACAGCAAUGCUACUGCACAGGCCUUUUUUAAUGCGCAUAGCUUACCUAUCGCCGCUUUGAAGAUGCUCAUGUAUUCUACCUACCUUUCGCGUUUUAUGGGCUUCACAAAUGUGAUUAUCGGUGGUACACUGCCGAUAUUGGCCAUUUGGCUCUCACGCAAGCUCUCCAAAAAUCAGCGCCGAGCACAGGCAGAGCAUAUGGAGGCUACUGAGCAAACCUCCAAAAUUGUUUCUGAAGCGCUCCGUGGGCUUCGUCAGAUACGUCUGUCUUCAAUGGAGCGCCUCUGGCAAGACCGCAUCUUUGCCGCACGCAACCACAACCUAGCUGCCGCCUGGAGGGUCAGUGUGCAUGAAGAAAUGGUCAAUCUGGUCGCCACACUCGGGCCUGUUCUUUUCGCAUCUGUCACAAUAUCCAUAUAUGCCUUUAGAACAGGAAAUUUCAGCCCUUCAGUGGCCUUCACCUCUAUCAAUCUGUUUGGCAACCUGCAUGCAGUCAUCAAGCAGCUCCCAACUCGGUUCGCGUCAUUGCACCGCGCACGCCUGAGCUACUCAAAGCUUCAGCUAUACUUUGAACAACCAGAGCAGACUCAACAAGCAACUAUUGCAGAUACAGUGUCAUUGCAAAACGCAAACUUGUCCUGGGUUGAAGACGAGAAGGGAGCUAUCUUGAAGAAUGUGGACGUGAAAUUUCCAAAGAAUGGAAUCAGUCUGGUCACCGGCCAAGUCGGCUCUGGGAAAAGCUUGCUGUUAUCUUCAUUAUUGGGAGAAGCAAAGGUACAAUUCGGGAAGCUCGCCAAACCUGCAGUGGACACCUCCUCGGGCACGUCAAAAGCCAGGAGCAUUGUCGCGGGGUCUGUCGCCUUCAUCUCACAGCCCCCUUGGAUUGAAGACCGCACGAUCAAGGAGAAUAUCUGCUUUGGAUACGAUUUCGAUGCGGAGCGCUAUCGCAAAGUCCUAAAUGCAUGCGCACUCACUCAUGACCUUGAAUCGUUGAGCAAUGGCGACCUUACCGCUGCUGGCACAGGCGGAUCAUCGCUCAGCGGAGGCCAAAAGUGGCGAGUGGCUUUCGCAAGAGCUUUGUAUUCGCCAGCUGAGUUCAUUAUAUCAGAGGAUAUAUUGGCCGCUGUGGAUACCGCUGUUGCGAGACAUCUUUGCGAUACUGCACUCAGAGGAGAUCUUCUACAGGGGAGAACCAUGAUUAUGGCUACUCAUCACCCAGAAUAUUGCUCUGAGCUUUCGGCGUGUCUCAUCUCCUUGCAAGACGGAUCUGCUACAGUUGAAUACACUUCAAACGCGACGCAAAAAUUGACAGUUUCAGGUCAAACUAAGAACUCGGGGCCAACGGCUAAGACUGAAAAAUCUCACCCAUCUAAGGCCGCGACUUCCGCACAACCUUCAAGGCAGCAUUCCAAACCCCAAGAUUACUGGGCAAUUUUGCAAAUUUAUGCUAAAAAGACUGGAAGUCUGCGUGGAUACAUUUCUGCUAUUCCAAUUGUUUUGUGCUACCGCUUUCUCGCUACCAGCAAUUCGUGGUGGCUGGCGAAGUGGACAUCUCGGGACAACAGCGUUGGCCAGCAGCACUCAACCAAGUACGAUGUUGGUAUUUAUCUGUCGCUCUCUGUAGCAAGCGCAGUAUUCCUGAGCGUAAAAACUUUGAUCUUCACACGAAUGGGUCAUGACUCCUCCAGGAAGCUAUUCGAGAGCCUGACUCGACGAGUUCUCAAAGCACGAUUCUCUUGGAUCGAUUCCACCCCACCGGGGCAAGUUAUACAGACACUCGACUCUGACAUGUAUGCCAUCGAUCAUCGUAUGGCACCUCAGAUUAUUGGUAUUUUAAGCUCCACAAUGAAUGUUCUAUUCAUCUGUGCUAGCAGCCUUUCAUCAUCGCCAUACACAAUAGUAUCCAGCGUGAUCAUGCUAGCUUUCUAUGCUGUGGUCGCUCAAAAAGCUCUAGAAACGUCUCAAAGACUGCGCCCCGUUGUGAACAGUUGCAGCUUUCCAGUUUCGAACCACAUCUCUUCAGCGCAGUCGGGCCUUACAACCAUCCGGGCUUUUGGCAAGUCGGCGUAUUAUAUUGAAACAAUGCAAGAACACAUAGACAGAGCCAACACAGCUUUUACUCACAUGGCGCUUGGUCACUCUUGGCUGGGCAUUCGGCUUGGAGUCAUGGGGAGCAUUUUUGUAGCGGCCGUGACAGCAGCGACCGUACUCAGCAAGGGCACGGCAUCGAGUACGGGACUGGCAAUUACACUGGCUCUCCAACUUCGGCAAGCUCUUAACAUUACAAUUGGUCAAAUCAAUGUCACCAGAACCGGUCUCAACGCCAUCGAUCGUGUCCUCGCGCUAGCAUCCAUUCCGUCCGAAGAGGAGGAGGAAGAUGCAAUCGCCCCAAAGAAUUGGCCGAGCCGUGGACAAGUCGAGAUUCAGAAGCUACGAGUUCGAUACGACAAAACUCUGCCUUGGGCACUGAACAACAUUACAUUUUCUGUUCAGGCGGGGCAGCGUUUGGGGAUCGUUGGCCGCACCGGUGCGGGCAAGUCCAGCUUGAUAAAUGCUCUCCUGCGCUUUGUGGAUGCCACCAUUGGCAAAAUCUUGAUUGACGGCCAAGACAUCUCCAAAAUAUCCCGAAAACGUGUGCGCGAUGCCGUCACCGUUAUACCGCAGGAUGCUUUCCUCUUUUCUGGAACGUUGCGAUCAAAUGUGGACGUCUUCGACAGGCACAGCGAUGAUAAGAUUAUUGCGGCUCUCCGAAGCGUGCAUUUUGCAUCUUUCGGGCAGGAGCGAGAUGUCACUGCUGCUGACCUUGAUCGCAGUAUUUUUUCUGGGGGGUCGAACAUGUCCCAUGGGCAACGGCAGCUCGUCUGUCUUGCGCGAGUAAUUCUCGAAGACAAGUGCCGUAUCCUCAUUCUAGACGAAGCGACGAGCGGUAUUGACCACAUCACGGAGGCAGCCAUCCAAGGCGCGAUAAAAGACAAUUUUAGGAAUGUAACUAUUCUGGUGGUAGCACACAAACUGCUAACGGUCGCAGACUUUGACUCGAUACUUGUAUUGAGUCAGGGCGAGGUUGUGGAACAUGGAGCGCCACAGCAGUUGCUGGCAAGCAAAGGCAGAUUAUGGAACAUGGUGGAGCAGAGUGAAGAUUCUGGAAAGAUCAAGGAGAUAAUUUGGCGAGACAGCAAAUAA